GUUACGUUGCCGAGACUACGAGAUGCCGGGCUUCAAGGCUUUUGCUGUGAGAGCCGCCGGGUUGGCAACGAAUCUGGUCCAUCGCGGCAAUGUUGGGCAGCAGGUUUCAGCGCUGGCCAGCUCUGAGGGUUGUGGCAACGAUAUUCCCGGCCCACAGCCUCCAGCUGGGGGCAACUGGCUGGGAUGGGGCGCGGGGCCUUACAACAAUCGAUGGGCAGCCUCCGACGCAGUGGUGAGCACCAAAAAUAUCGCCAAUCUCACCAAGGUGUGUUCUGUGCCGUAUUCUGGCGCAGGGCAGAGCGCGGCACCGCUGGUCACGGGAGGUGUUGCCUACUAUCCGACCUUCACCGGCCUUUUGGUUGCCCUUGAUUACCAAGCGUGCUCUGAGGUCUGGAGUAUCAAUGUCACACGCAUCAUUGAGGACUUCGGUCCUGUGCCCAUCGAAUACGCCAAGCCAAUGGUGUCACGGACCACGCCGGCGCUCGACAAGGAUGGCGACGUCCUCUUCAUUGGUACUCUCGCGCACGCUUUGGUGCUUGCUAUCGACCGCAGCUCGGGGAGGUUGAUAGAUAGCAUCCAGCUCGACACCAACCCAUAUGCCAUCCUGACCCAGUCGCAAACGUUCUACGGCGGGCGGCUUUAUGCUGGCGUGUCGAGUACCGAGUCUGUGGUACCGUCGGUGGGCGCCUGCUGCUCCUUUGUGGGCUCCCUCAACGCCGUCUCCCUGGUAGGGGGGAGGCUCCGACAUGAAUGGGGCGUCCAGACGCUCCCUCACACGUCACCCGCAAACGCCGACCUGGGUGGCGCCGCCGUCUGGGGCAGCCAGCCGUCGAUCGACCCUAUCCGAAAGCAGGUCUUCUUUGGGAGCGGCAACCUUUACAACAUUCCCCCAGACUUCGUUGACUGCGUCAGGCAGACCGCCAACAUCAGCAUAAUCGAGCAGGGGCUUGUCGGUCGCGACCCCUGCCUGCCCAUAGAGACUUACCAGGACUCCAUCAUGGCCGUCGAUCUCGAGACGGGCAGGGUCAACUGGGCUAAGCAGCUGGGCCAACUGGACGCUUGGAACGCCGGCUGCUUCGAAGGCUUUGCGGCGGCUCCAGGCACGUGCCCGGAGACGCCCGGACCGGACGCCGACUUUGGCAUGGCGCCGACGUUCGUCCCCGGGAGCCCGGAGACGCCGGCCGGCCAAGACAUCAUAGUGGCUGGCCAGAAGAGCGGCAAGCUGUACGCGCUUUAUGCGCAGACGGGAACCGUGGCCUGGGCAAUUCAGACGGGCCCUGGCGGCCUCGAAGGAGGUCUGACGUGGGGUGUGGCGGUGGACGACAAGGCGGUUUACUUCACAAACACCAACUCGGACCGUAAACCGUUCACAAUGCCCGAUGGCCAGGUCAUCUCCAACAGCGCAUUUGGCGCGGCCAGUCUCAAGGACGGACGUAUUCUGUGGCUGACGCCGGCCCCGGAUAACCAUGACAGCUUCGUCGCCCCGACAGUCGUCAACGAUGUCGUUCUGACAGGGACAACCGGGGCGAGGGGAGAGAGACUCGAUCCUAUCGGGCCAGGCUACCUGACACCCCUGGACAAGAACACGGGAAACAUAUUGCGGCAAAUCGAGAUGGAUGCCGUGUUCAGGGGAGGAAUGGCUGCUGUCGGCGACUACGUUUUGUUCGGGACCGGGUACGGUGGUUUCCACGGCCUGGUUCAGGGAUCCUUUAGCGUCUGGAAUGUAUGAAAUAGGGUGAUAGUUGGAAGGAUGUUCGGAAAUUAGCUAGGGAAUUUACUUGACAGUUCGCUCCGUAGGAACUCAUAGUGACUACAGCCAACAGGCAAUGAUGAUAUCCGAG